AUGGCCAUGUCACACACUAGCUCUCAAGCACUUGGAUCGGCGGAUGAGUCGGGCUACGUCACUGCGCAUCCAAAAGUCAACCGCGACUCUACCACCGAACCGACCGAAGAUUCAUCUACGGGAUCGGAGACUGGAGACGAAGUGAGCAGCCAGGCACCGACUGAAGAGACUUCAGCCACGUCAAUACCCGACCCCUCGCGACAGCCGACGCCUCAGCCACCCUUUUAUGGGCUAUACCAUAGGAGGACAGCGAGAAAGAAUGUGCCAAUGCCGAGAGAAGUGUUGAGGUUCGAGCGUCCCGAACCUAUGCCAGCACCUCCCGCACCAAGGGAGGAGCGACCAGAGCCCAGUCAGCCUCGACCCCCACUCAUAGGGAUGCCUUGUAUGCCAGCACCCGGGAUGACUUGUCGGGAGCGACGCAGCAUGGACGCCAAGGCCCGAGACCUGCAUGAUGCCCGUAGCAGGAUUACUCAUCAUCAUCACAGCAUUGCCGACAUGACAGACUUGGUUAUUGCGGCGUGGGAUUAUGCAUACUCUGCCGAGAGGACUGCAGUUUAG